AUGGCCAAUCCCGUCGCCGCCGCCACAUCUCCUCCAUCUUCCGCAGCUCGAGUCUUCGCUAUUCCCGAGCUAUUCGAAAAGAUUGUGCUCGAAUUCAUCGCAUCAGAGAUUAGAAGCCCAUUAGCCGCCCCCAACACUCCCCAGCGCAAAAUCAUGUAUCGCAGAUAUAUUGAAGACCCAUUCCGUCUCCUACGCAUCGACCGUCAUACCCACGCGACCAUCGUAAACUCUAAGCGAAUUCAAGCCCUUUGCUUUGCACCAACGAGCUUGCGAAUAGGACCCACAGUUGCCGGCUGCCCCGACCGCCUCAUUUGGUUGAGUAUUGCUUGCGGAAGGUUCGGUCUCGCGGAGACUCGCGACUUACCCACCAUCAUGUUAAUCUCUAAAAGAGAUCUGCAGCUCGAUGACAGCCCUUGGGCAUCGUGGCGCAAGUAUCCUGUCAUGCCGGCUGGAAGGAAUGCUGUGACUCUCCACGUCAUGAGACGAACGGUGGAUGGAGUUGUGUUGUUCCGCAAGAAGUUCCGCAUUGAAGUAGAGUGGACAUUGGGUGAAUUGUAUGACAAGAUCAUGGAGAUGGGGCGGAAAGACGAGAAAUUCAGCUCUUGA